AUGUGCGUCCUUAGAAUGGAGAACUACGAGAAGUGCUGGCGGCUGGAGCUAAUCGACCUCGUCGACGAGCCGCAAUUCGCUGAGUUGCGUGAGGAGUACGACGGACUGAAUUACGCAAGGCGCAGCAAGUACGUGUUCCAACUCACCAUCUGGAAGAGCCGCAACGACGCCAUGAACCAAAUCGACUAUCGCCAAGGCUUCAGCUACCGCUUCGACAUGGCGCACUCCCUACGUCUCCUGUACGGCAACCCGGUUGGCUCCAUGCAGCUUCGUACUCCUAUUCACGCACAGCCUCUAGGCAUUGGCCUUCCUGCCAAUGUGGGCCAAGCACGCCUUGAAUCCGCCCCUCUAACUUCUAACGGCGAGCUGGUUCUGGUUCGCCAUGCUGUUCUUCAGGCCGUAUCCGAGACAGAAGAGCAGUCGGAACACGGUUCUCCGCAAACGAGUGGGGCUGCUGUCGACACGCCACCGCGGGCAUUAAGCGCAGCAGAAGAGGAUGUGGUGAAUGCAACACCAGCGUCGAAAACGGCAAAGCGCAAGGCACACAAGGGCGAAGGUGACGGUGCGCCUCCAAAGAAACAACGGAAAUAG